GUGGAAGCGAUCCAGCCUUGGGCAACCAUGCGUGUUGUUUCUGGGCAUGGAACAAGCCGAGAGGAACAUGUGGGCAGAGAAAAUGACAGGAACGUAAGGCUUUCGCCCAUUUCAACGCCUUGAUUGUCGAGAGAUCAUUCUUGCGCGUUUCGCCCCAACUGCAAAAAUGAUUCUCACAAUCUCCCUUUUGCUUUUACUACUAUUUCGACAUGGCCACGCUCAGCCGGGUCCUACAGGCAGUGAACAGAGUGACAGUGGAACCAAUCAAGUGACUGUCACAUCGGUCAGCACGCUGGCAAUUGUCAUUCUUCCGUCAUACAACUCAUCUUCCUAUACGCCCACGACUUCCUCGUCGUCGAUAACAUCAACCGUCUCAACAACUUCGACCCUUGCGCUUCCUACAGUUCCGUUCACGGGCCAGGCAAUUCUCACCGGAGUCUGCGAUAUACCACAGUAUACACCGCUGGCUUUGCAGGGGGGUGCAGUAAUCGAAGUACCGCUUGUAGGAUGCAGCGAUGAUAGACCUGAAUGCUGCCCGUCCUUGUCCCCGCCCGAAUCCGACAACAGCUCCAGCACGAGCGUUACAUCGUCAUCAUCAUCAUCAUCAUCAUCAUCAUCAUCAACUACCACAGAACAUGUGGUCACAGGUAUAAUCUCAAAGCUCAGUGCGUCGCCUCUCAGCAUAUGCCCUGAUGAUUUUAUCGAUAUUGAUCCGGUAUGCUGUCCAAGGGGAUAUUCCCUCUACCCGCAAGUCCUCAUUGGCGGCAUCACACCCUGUUACAGCAUGCUAACAACGGCAAUGCCCCUGCCCGGAUCCGUAUCCAGCUCUAUUGUAUCUGCAGCCGCGCAGACUGCCUUGACUGCUGCAACUGUCUCUGUCAUUGUCAAUCAAGUGUACGCUCUUGGUCUUCCUUGCGCGGAUGAACCCUCGGGAUCUGGUGGCUUAAGCAAGGGUGAAAAAAUCGGUAUUGGAGUAGGGGCUGGCGUCGGGGGCAUUAUACUUUUCGCUCUGCUGUUCAUAGCGGGUAUGUUCGUUCACAAGUCAAUUCUGAGAAGAAAACAGCGGAAAGCUUCUUCGGCAUCCCAAAUACAAGACGACAAGAACGAGGCCCCAAAACUCUAUUCGACAACUUCGACAGCGGGAAUGGCGGCGCCUUCGUCGCCGCAAAUGUCACAUAACCUCCCCAAUGCCAUGAUGUACGGGUUUCCCCCAUAUGCCAACUACAACGCGGAUGGGGCUCAUACCAGUUGGAUGUCUCACUCAACUGGGCCUCCGCAAUACAGGCCGCCAACGGUCGAAAUCGAAGCGCAGCCGAUAUUCGAGGCUGAUGCUGACGCAAAAGUGGCAAGCUUGCCGGGUAACGAGCCUCCUCUCAGUAGCGAGAGCCGUUUCCCGCUCCGAAAUAGCGUUGGAAAUACAGUCAGGCAGUAAGGAGCUCAACGAUCCAAUGUGUCAAUGUUAAAAGUACUACGUUCUCUUUUUAAUGUAGUUCUCCGUUUAAUAUUUCAUAGCAUUCUAAAGACAUUGCUGUUGAAACCCG